AUGCCGCCACACUACGAAGUCAGCAGACAAUCUCGUCAAGAGAGUCGAUCGAGCUCCUCACAUGAACGAGGUAGCUCAGCCCCGCCGCCAUGGAACGAUAGCCCCUGGGAUGCCGAACCAGAUGCUCUAGGAAGCUCAGCGCUCCCACGCCAACGACCACGGCCCCAGAACACCCCCGAUUACUGGAAAGCGUUGCCCGAAGUCCCGUCACGUUUCCGACUUGGCGAGGACGAGAUGCCGUGGUCAGCCUCGUCCUGGCCAGGCGAGUUCGGCAUGCCCGACGAGUCCGAGGUGAACGACUACUCUUCCGAGCUGUCCAUGAAGUUCCGCGACGUCUCCCUCACCAACGCCACCCCGGUGGCCCACGAGAGAGGGGACGACGGGCGGAGACAUGACCUGGAGGCGCUCUCCGCGGCAAUGGUCACCGUCGACAACGGCUUCGAGAACCAGUGGUGGUACCAGGGCGAGCGACAGCAGAUCAAUGCACCGGGGGUGGUGGCUGGCGACUUACAUACGACGACGGCGACCACCGCGGCGGCGGCGCUGGCGAGCACGACGGCGACUGCUGAGGCGGUGGUGCCUCCUCCUCAGACCCCUGUGUACCACCAGCAGCUCGGAAGCUACGACACGAGGGAAUCGAUGGGCUGGGUAACUGCCCAGGGCGGGGAUUCCCACGCGAGCAUGAUGAGUGCUACGAUUUACAACCCGAGUGUCUUGGUAUCACCCAUGUCGGAGUACGCGAGCCCCCGCCUUCACCGGUCGAUGACUACGAGGUCUGAGGAGCUCUUCUUUUACAGCUAA